UGGAACAAAUAUCUGACAGACGUAGCAGACUAAAGUCUGUGGCAGUCCUGCUCCUAAAUAAUCUGUUUAAUUAAGAGGAAGGGGAUCUAGAUAAUUCUGUUGUUCAGGACUUAACAAACAUCACAGUUUCCAAUGAGUUAAUAGAAGUUUCAAAGCAAAUGUUUAAAUCCAGUGGCAGUGAAAUGGCUGAGAAAACUGUUGUGCAGAAGAAAUCAUGUUUUACACCCAAUUUAAAGAUGUUUAUUUCUGCUUUGUCCUUUUCCUACUUUGCAAAAGCACUAUCUGGAAGCUACACAAAAACUUCUCUUACACAUAUCGAAAGGAGGUUUGAUAUUUCAACGUCUCUGACUGGACUUAUUGAUGGAAGCUUUGAAAUUGGGAAUUUAUUGAUAGUAGCAUUUGUGAGCUAUUUUGGAGCAAAGGUGCACAGACCCAGGGUAAUAGCUGCUGGGAGCUUUCUGAUGGCUGUUGGAACAUAUCUUAUGGCAAUGCCUCACCUUUUGAUGGGACGAUAUAAAUAUGAAACAGCAAAGGUAACAACUUCAUUUAAUGCAACAUCAGUUAUUGCCAUGUGUUCAGCUUACGGGUCCCAGGAUUUCAUGUCAGAGCAAGCAAGAAGUUCAUUAUUGAUGCAAGAAACAGGUUGUGAAAGUAACAGACAUAGUGGAUCUCUUAUGUGGAUUGUUGUUCUCAUUGGAAAUAUUUUAAGAGGCAUGGGAGAAACACCCAUAGUACCAUUGGGAGUGUCUUAUAUAGAUGAUUUUGCCAAAGAAGAAAAUGCUGGAUUUUAUUUUGGCAUUGUGAAUACAGUCGCUUUUCUAGGUCCUCUUGCUGGCUUCUCACUCGGGUCCUUGUGUGCCAAACUGUAUGUUGAUAUCGGUUUUGUGGAUAUGGAUGAUGUUACCAUACAGCUUCACGAUACCCGUUGGGUAGGCACAUGGUGGCUUGGCUUUCUAAUAAAUGGGACAGUGAUUUUAGUAUCAGCUAUUCCAUUCCUCUUCAUACCUAAAACAUUGCCAAAGGAAGGAGAAGAAAGCAACAAUGCUGGUGACAGAUGUCAGUCAAUGACAUUAUCUUCAAAGGUUCCUUCAGAUCCUGAGAAAGGAACAGCUGAGCAUGAACCAAAGAUAUCUGACAUUGGAAAAGGUUUCUUUUCUUCAUUAAAGAAACUGUUCUGCAGUCCAAUCUUCAUACUUUAUCUGAUUAUAAGUGUCCUGAAGUUCAAUGCCUUUAUUGGAAUGGUGACAUACCUAGCAAAGUAUUUGGAGCAGCAAUAUGGUGAAUCAAUUUCGAAGGCUAACUUCUUAAUAGGAGUAUUCAACUUACCAGUGGUUGCAUUUGGGACAUUCAUUGGUGGUACCAUCCUAAAAAAGUUCAAGAUGACCAUGUUAGGAGCUGCAAAGUUUGCAUUUGUCAUUUCUCUUGUGGACUUUUUAUUCAUAACCGGAUAUUUUCUGCCAUACUGUGAGAAUGCACAAGUGGCUGGAAUCACGACUACUUAUGAUGGAAUGAAGCAAGUAUCUUAUAGAGAGGAAACUCUUAUUGCAGAAUGCAAUUCUAAUUGUAGCUGUUCAACAAAAACAUGGGAUCCAGUUUGUGGACCAGAUGGCAUUGCAUAUGCAUCCCCAUGUCUUGCUGGCUGUAAAGCAUCAAGUGGAAUUGCAAAAAAUGAAGUAUUUCACAAUUGCACCUGCAUCAACUCUUUAAGACCAGGACGAGCAAACUCCUCAGCUGUUCUUGGGCAAUGUCAACGAGAAAAAAAAUGCAAAACAAUGAUGUAUGCUUACCUGACUUUAUCCCUACUCAAGAGUCUGGUUUAUUCUACUGCUGCCAUACCAGGCUACAUGGUGUUUGUCAGGACCAUUUCCACUAAUCUGAAAUCGCUGGGACUGGGAGUUCAUCUUUUAAUCACAAGGACACUGUCUGGACUACUUGCUCCUUUGUUUUAUGGAGCAGCAAUUGAUACCACGUGUCUGAAAUGGGGUACCAGAACAUGUGGGGGUCAAGGAGCCUGCAGGAUGUAUGAUACAGCAGCCUUCAGGUACGUUUAUCUUGGUUUAAAUACUGGAAUAACCGCACUUUCUCAUAUCCCAUGCAUCUUCCUUAUUAUCCUUUUGAAAAAACAAUUUGAAUCGGCAGAUGUAAUGAAUAUAACAAAGGGAGAGGCAGAAUCAUCACUCAUCAAACAGACUGAUAACAUCUUGAAUCAUAAUACUGUCUGCACAAAAACAGAAAAACUACAAGUAGAAAAAGAUACUGCUUUGUAAUAAAGAAUAUAUUUCUCUCAUACAAGCUGUUCAUUGUUACAUUUAAAUAUAUAUCCUUUUACAAAGAAACUUAUUGGAGUUACUCUGAUGUUAAUAACUUAUGCUAUGUAACUAUGAUUAAAAGAAUGCCACCAAGAAAUUAAAAAAUGGGCAUCUUGACGUACCUAAAUCUUUUAUAUAGUAUUAAUGUCUUAGCAUCAUUUUAAGUCUCUAGAUUUAUUAUGAGUUUGCCCUAAACAGUCUAGAUGGAGUCUACCAUUCUGACAUGAUUUUGUUUUUCAGUCUUUGUUAUUCCCAACUAGUCCUUUGUGUUUAACGUAUCCCAAAUACAGUAAAUUUGACAGUACAUUUAAACCUUCAGUUAUAAUAAAGUGUGCUGUGACAAUGA